AGGCAGGAGCGAGUAGCUGCCUCUGCCGUGUCCCGCUCUGGCAGCCGUUCCCCAGCCUGCUGAGGAGCACUCUUCCCAGUGCCCUGCCCGAUGCAGCGUGCGUGUGCCCUGUUUGUUUCAUUUUGGGUCUGCCCUAAUGAAGGCAGCCUGUGUGCUGGCCAGGCAGCUGUAAGUUCCUUAGUGCCACAGGGCAGGCAAAUUCCUGUGGUCCUACUGACCGAACCUGCCCUUGACUCCUUGCACUUGCAGGAGGAUGGGGCACGGAAGUGCUGCAGGGGCAGGCACGUUGGUCUCUCCAGCUAUUCCCUUUCCUCUCCCCUUUUCCCAGCAGACAUGUUGUUUACCAGGCAGGAACAGGAGUAAACAGCGGUCUGGGAAGGAGGGAAAAAUUGAUUUUGUGCAGCAGUUGCUUGUAUGCUGCCUGUCCUGCCCCACUGCAGCUGCCUUCCUUGGGCAGCAGAUGACCGUGGCUGUGCCAGUGUGGUUUGGUGUAGCAGAUAUCUUGUUGGAAGGAGCAUUGUCCUCUAGGUAUAUAUAAAUAGCCUGGCUCCUGGCAGGCUGCAGGCUUCAGGAAUAGCUUUGCUGGUGUUCUGGGCACUGCUAGUCCUGUUCACCUCCCGUAGGUCGUGGAUGCACUGGAGGGAGCCUGUGCCACAGCUGCUGAAAGAGCAUUAAGCCACAUUUGCUGAUGUGUGCGUUUGGUUCUGGUCUGUAACUGGACAUGAGUCCUGCUGGGAGUAAGGCAGGGGCGAACAAAAUUGUUGUUUGGCACCCCUGUGAGAUGAACGGGGCAGAGGCACCUGUGGGCUGCACAGGAAUCCUGGCCAGGGCUGUGUGGGGGCAGUCUGGGCUGAGAGGGGAGUGCAGUUUGGGCUGUUUGAGGCACAGCCGUGUCUGUCAGGGAGUAUCUGUGUGCAUCAAUUCCUUGGGCAGCAGUAGCAGUCUGAACUGAAAGGCCUGAGGGGAGGAGGUAAGUGGGGAAAGAAGCAGGAGCCUGGGUGUAAGUCUCUGUAAAGCAGGCCUGGGAAUUGCUCUUACCAGUUCUGAAGUCUUGUCUUCCAUGGCAGGGAAGGAGUCUGCUCUGCUCUGUUUUUUGGCACCUUUAAUCUUUGUUUUCUCGUGAGCACACCUUGGCUCUUAAGAUAAGGAGGAAGAAGGUGUUUCUGGGCCCUGGCAUGGCAGGGAUUGACAGGGACUUUCUCAUAGAAAAGACCUACAACUGGGGUCAGUUUUGCAUGACUGGGAGAGGUGAAGGCUGCUGAGGCAUCAGCCCAAAUUUGUGAUGGAAUUCCAGAGUGUCCAAGGCUUGCCCUGUACCCCGUGCUCAGGGUUAUGUCUUUCUGAAUCAUCCUUGGGAACAUCUGGAGUCUGGUAGGACUGGGGAGCCCCUGGGCUGUGCUUGGGCACCUGUUGGAAGGGUGUGUUAAGGCAACCUGCUCUGCUUGGGAGUGACAAGGACGAGGCUGGGAGCGAGUGGUGCAGAGUGGCAGCCUGCUGAGUCAGCAUGACUGGCCUGGAGCAACCAUUCUCUGGACCCUGCCUGCUGCUUGCAAGGCUAUUUUUAAAAAUGUGGCUUCCAUGUGUUCUGACUCCUCCUAGUUCUUUAAUUUCCCCCACCAUAAACAAAAAACCAGCAUUGCCACAAAGUCUCUGUGGGAGCAGAGGUGUGGAAGGGCAGCAGUUUCUGCUCAGGGACAGUCUGCUCACUAACCCAGCUGCCAAGGCUGUCGUGUUAUGACGACCCCCAACAAAGGAAACAAGGCCUUGAAGGUGAAGAGGGAGCCAGGCGAGAAUGGGACCAGCCUGACAGAUGAGGAGCUGGUGACCAUGUCUGUGCGAGAGCUGAACCAGCAUCUGCGGGGCCUGUCGAAGGAGGAGAUCAUCCAGCUGAAGCAGCGCCGGCGCACGCUGAAGAACCGGGGCUACGCCGCCAGCUGCAGAGUGAAACGCGUCACCCAGAAGGAGGAACUGGAGAAGCAGAAGGCAGAGCUGCAGCAAGAAGUGGAGAAGCUGGCCUCAGAGAACGCCAGCAUGAAAAUGGAACUUGAUGCUCUCCGCUCCAAAUACGAGGCUCUCCAGAACUUCGCCAGAACCGUGGCCCGGAGCCCCGUGACCCCUGCCCGGGGGCCUCUCACUUCCAGUAUGGGGCCCCUCGUCCCCGGCAAGGUUGCUACCACUAGUGUCAUCACAAUAGUGAAAUCCAAAACGGACGCCCGGUCUUAGUGAAGCGAGCGUUGCCUGAGCUUGUCUGUGCAGGGCAGUUAGGCACAAAACCAGCCUGGAAUCCCCAAAGCACAAGCCCUCCCCACAUGGGUCCGGGUUCCUUUGACUUGGCCCAGGACUGGCCUGCUGAUCGCUCCAGUUUAUUUUGUUGUGUCCAGAUUGGUAUGAGCAGUGGUGAUGCAUCCCUUGUCCUGUGCAGACAGAGCUUCCCACCCAGCAGUCCGUAGCCCUCGGGUGCCCUGGGGACAGACUGUGAGAUUUUGGUUUUCUACCCAAAGAAAAUCUGUGCAGCGUGGCUGAGAGAAGGGUGGAGGAGUGGCCCGAGGAAAGCUUUCUUCCUAGGGGCUGGGAACCCUAAUUUUCGGUCACUUCCAAAGGCUUUAUUUCAUGACUCUUCCAGGUGGUGCAUCUCAGCGCCUGAACCUGCUGCUUUUGUCUCCUUUGGUACCUGUAGUUACAGUUGGGGUGUUCUGUGUCAUAGGUUUUAUUCCUUUCUAGGCGUGCCUCUGUGCCCUAGCCGUGGGUUUCCCUCAGACGUCCGUGCCGUUGGCUGUGUGCAGGGCAGUGCUGGGGCUCGGCGCUGCCGUGUCCUGCCGCUGUGCUCCGGGGCCCCGCAGGGAAGGAGGCAGCAGCGGUGCUGUGUUGGCUGCAGGCCGGUUUUGUGCCUAAUGUGUUGCACUGAACAAGACCAAAAUCACUAGUUGUUCCCGUGUUUUGAGGGUAUCAAGUGUCUCUAGUGUGAUGGUUUACACGACCAGUUUAUGUGGUUAAAUAGCCCUUUAUUUAAAGAGAGAAACAUCAUUUUAAGAAUUAUUAAAUUAUCUAAGUUUAAAAUUGGACAGAAGAGAGAGCGUAUUUAUAGUCAGCUUUUUUACCUGAGAAGGCGAGAAUAUUUGACCAUAUGAGUGGGGAAAUAUUCUCAGAGACUUUGCUAGUUAAAAGUUAAUAAAGAAAUAAUUUUAAAGUUUCUCAUGAACCUCCCGCAAACUGUUUGUGGCUCUGAGGUUAGUUUUUAUAAAGAGUUAUCAGACUUUAUUUAUAAAACUUAGAAAAAGACAAAAAAGAGGCAAGUCCUGUUUGAUAUCUUUUUGCAAUUGUACCAAAAGUGACUUAUUCUUUACCUUGCUAGUUUCUGUCGUGUCCCCUCGUGUUGGGCGCUCUACUCCCCGAGCUCUUGUGCGGCGCUGUGGUGUGCUGGUGCCUUUGCCAUGUGCUGUCAUUUCACACUGUUGUCGUUUUCCCUAAACUCGGCUGAGAGACUGAAUUGGAAUCUCUCUGAGUUCUCCAGAAGGGUUCUGGUGCGCAGGCAAGGGUGCUGCUGUUUUUGAAGAAAGGAUGGCUGGCUGGUGCGGCGAGGCAGCGACGCCUGCCCCGAGGUGUGCGGGGCAGCACAGGCAGCUCCUGCUCAGCCAACGCCAGCUUAGCUUGCUUAUCUGGAGAGGAAGAACGCUGCACUCUUCCUCCUGCAGCAAACCUGUCAAAGUAACGUGAGGGACACUUGUCCAGGCUUAGGAGAAGACUGAUGGGAUUUAGCUCUGGAAUUAGGUCCUGUGGUCAGAACUUGUGUUGUGCUCAUGGCUCACCUGAACAAGAGGGGCAAGUCUGCAACAAGAGGGGCAGCAUGGGACAGGCUGGCCCCUGGUGUCUACACAUUGCUGGCCAGUGAGCUGUGGCAGCAUCACUGUCCUUCCCAGGGUGGCUUCUGCCCAGGGCUUUGAGGAGAGUGCUCAGACUCACAGCUGUGAGAAGCUGUUUGUGGCCAGGCUCCGUUUCCACAAACGCUUUGACUGCCCUCUCCCCUUCCCCAGGAUUUGAGCUGAUUUUACUGAGUUUUAGAGAAGCAGGACAUGAGGGGGAAGCCCAUGUGAUCUGGCUGCUGAUUAUCUGAGUGGAGGGGGCAGAUAGGGAUGACACGAGUGAAGCCACAGUCUCGCGGCGAGGUACAGCUGUCCUGGACAGGUUUUGGGGAUGUUUCUGACUGCUGAACCGAUACUGCUGUGCCCUGAGCAGAGGAGCAGUCAGCCCGAGAAAAGCUGCAGUGUGGCAGGAGAGGAGCAGGGGAUUUCCUGCUGGAGGAGAUAGGAUUGCUCUGAUUGAUAGGGCUGGUUGAUUGAUAGGGAGUUUAGGGAGUUGCUAGGGAUGCUUUUCCAGGUAGACUUCCCAAAGGAGGAGCAGGUUAGAACACUGCCUCCAGAUUUCCCCCUUCUGGCCCUGGACUCACUCUUCUCUUCUCUGAAGUGUCCGAUGUGCCACUUCCAGCCAUUCGCCACGCAGGCCACACACUGCACAGCACUCAGCAGGCUCUGGUCUUCCAGCUGCUUGUGUGGUGACUGGAAGAAGUGAGAUUUUGCAGAGCACACAGGCAUCCAGUUGUCCUGGGGUGUCAUUCCCAGCCCUGUCCCUCUUAGGCCCGGGCUGAGACUGAGCCAGCCCGAGCCCUUGGACACAGCUGAGCAGGCAGGGUGUGCAUGGGGCUGCUCCGGGUCUGGGUUCCACAGCCGGAGCUCUGCUGUGAGGAGAGCCCCAGCAGCUCAGCCGGUGCGAUGGGCAGCCCUGCAGCCACGGAGGGCUUUUAUUCUGCGGCGCUCGGUGUCCCGGAGCGAGCAGGCCCUGCCGGGGGCGGCCGUGCCCCGGGGCUGAGCCGUGCCCGGGCACCGGCCGUCCCUCCUCAGCCCCGCGCUUGCCCCGGCCCGAGCGUGGACGAGGAGCCGUGUGGGGAGGAGCGGGUGCCGGCCCGGGCUGAGGGCUGAGGGCUGCCGAGCCAGCUCUGCCUGCCGCGCUGCUCCCGGCGAGGCCGCGGCGCCCCGAGCGUCGCUUGCCUGUGCUUUGCUUUAGUUCUCAGUGCACUGUAGGACCGGGUGAUGUGUUUCCGCAGUGUCCGAGCAGUGUCCUGCCCCGGGCCGCCGUGUCCUGCCCGUGCCCGUGCCAGGCGCCCCGUGCCGGAGCCGUCACGCCGACCCCUCUCUCGUGUAUAGUGUUCUGGAGUGUGACAGUUCUUGUUCCUGAGGUGCUCGUCCGUUUGGUUUUCUGCUGUGAAGGGUGUCGUGUUCCCUUUCUCCUUUUCCCGGUGCCGUUCCGGGCCCUCGGGGAGGGGUCCUGCGCCAGCCCCCGGGCUUUGUGUAUUGUGAAUUGUGUACAGCCGCUCCCGGCCGGAGCCGGGGCUGGCGGACAGGAGGGUGACCCAGAGGGCUCCGGGCUCGGCGCAGGCGGUAUUUAUUGCUAAGUUAUUGCCGUUAUUUAUUCUGUACAGUGUCCGCCGCCUGUGUGACAAUAAAGCGCUUCAACAGC